GAAAAAAACCAAAAAUAUUUUAUUAGAAAAGCAAAUAUAGAAAAUAGCAAUCGACAGAAAAAAAAUCGGUUGAAAAUCCCAUCUGCAGAAGGAAGAAGGCAUCAAUGGAUUCCAACAAAUCCUUGCUGCAUUUGUUUCUAUUCUUCCUUGUUGUUGGCAUUGCAUCUUCUUCCCACCUUUCAAAUGGGAUCUUCGAACCGCACGGAUCAAUUGGUCGUUCGCUUCUACAGCAGAAAAAAACUUGCCCCGUGGAUUUCGAGAACAUGAACUACACGGUGAUCACAAGCCAAUGCAAGGGGCCAAAUUACUCGGCCGAUAGAUGCUGCCCGCCGUUGAAGCAACUGCUCUGCCCCGUCAAGGAUCAUGUCAACGAUCUCAAGAGCGACUGCGCGGACGUCUUCUUCAGCUACGUCAACCUCUACGGCAAGUACCCUCCGGGGCUCUUCUCCACUCUCUGCAAGGAGGGCAAGGAAGGGCUCGACUGUGAAGGGGUUGUUGUUGCCAAAAAUGGGGCCUCUUGCGCUGCCUCCUCCUCUCUAGUCAUGGUCAUUGCUACAUUAGCAUUGAUCAUGUUUUGCUAUAUUUGAUGAGAGUGUGAUGUGUGUGUGCUUUGUAGUUUGUUUGGCCUAUUUAUGAGUUGAUUAUUUGGAAAAAGCUCUGUGUUAAAUUUGGGAUGUGGAUUGUGCACACAUUUUUAAUAAUGUCUUUGUCGUCCUAUCAUUGUUGAAUUGCUAUAUUUG